CUUCGUUGAAAGAACAGCUGGAAAAAAAAGUUAAUCCUGUCCAGUUUUCUGAGUGUUAGAUUGAUGUGUAAUGGUUUUUAAUUGCAUUUUCAGAUUGCCAAAUAUUACUUUUGGUUUACUGGAAAGAUCUCUUCCUCUGCUUGGCUUCAUUACUAAGCAUCGUCGGAAAAUCCACCACCAAGCACUGUUGGGCAGCAACCAGUCUUUCACAAAUAAUUUUCUUCUGACGCAUCAUUUCUCUGCACAUCCAGCCCGAAGUCACUGCACAAUGCACAACCACAGUACUACAGUUAGCAGGUCUUUCGAUGUUGACACGCGCUCAAUAUUCCUGAAUGCCAUCGAAUCGGUUCUCCCACGUCAGAUGUUGCAGACAGUGCUUCGUUACUCAUGGGAGAAAUCCACGCUGGUUGCCGAUGAUCGCGAGUAUUGCCUCGACAACAAUGUCUACGUUGUCGGGUUCGGGAAGGCUGUCUGUGGGAUGGCACGGGUGGUGGAAGAUAUUAUCGGCGAGCACAUCAACACCGGCAUCAUCAGCAUCCCUCACGGAGCGGUGGACGCCCUGCAUCGUGCAGAUAAACUAGACAUGUUACUGAAGACAGGCAGCAAAAUAAAGAUCUACGAAGGUGCCAGAAAUAAUCUUCCAGAUACAGAUUCAGUUAAAGCUGCACAGGAGAUCCACUCGCUGGUUUCUUCUCUGAAAAAGACUGACAUUGUUAUUGUCCUUAUUUCUGGAGGUGGCUCGUCCCUGCUGCCGAUGCCAUGUGACCCGAUAACCCUGACUGACAUUAUGCAGCUGACGAGUCUCAUGUCGCGGGGUGGUGCCACCAUACACGAACUGAACGUCGUACGCAGAAACACAGAGGUCCUCAAAGGGGGAGGACUUGCACAGGCUGCGCACCCAACACAAAUAAUAUCUUUGAUUGUGUCGGAUGCGAUUGGUAACUCCCUGGACGAUAUUGCCAGUGGUCCGACAGUUCCGAACUGCUCUCACCCCAGCCAGUGUUUUGAGAUCUUCAAUCGGCUUGGCAUCAUGGAAGAGGUUCCGCAGAGAGUGGUCACACACUUGAGGAAACAGAUUAAAACCCAGAACGCCGCUUCUCGAGACCCUAAAGAAAUCUUAUCAUCCGGAUGGAAAUGGGUGCACAACAUCCUUGUCGGAAGCAACGUCAUCGCAACAUCAGCUGCUACGAAGAAAUCAGAGGCUCUCAGAUACACGACGUACACUCUUUCCAACAGCAUGGAUGGGGAGGCUAAGGAAGUGGCGGCCAUGUUUGCCAAACUGGCCUGCUUCAUCUCUCUCCUGGUCAGGCGAGCAUCACAGGAAUGCAUGGCUCAGCUACGCGGGCUCGAGCUUGACCUGGUGCAAGCUGGGAUUAAGAAGACAACAAUCAAUGAAAUUGUCAACAUCACGGAAAAGGCCAAAAACUCCAGCAAACCAGUGUGCAUUAUCAGUGGAGGGGAGACAAUUGUGCACGUGAGAGGGUCGGGGAUUGGAGGCCGGAGCCAGGAGAUGGUAUUGGCAGCCGCAAUUCAUCUUGAUGAGCUAUUUGCUGACUAUAUUGACAUGAGGAAUCACAAUGUUUCCUUCUUCAGUGGCGGGACGGACGGCCAGGAUGGAAUGACGGAUGCAGCUGGAGCCAUUGUCAAUGCACACUUUGUUGCUCAAACCAAGACGGAAAAUCUUUCUUUGAAAGCGUACCUAGACAACAAUGAUUCGUAUUCCGUGUUCAGCAAGGUGCAGAAUGGAAUCCACCUGGUCAAAACUGGACUCACUGGAACCAACGUCAUGGACAUUCAGAUUCUCAUGGUUGAUAUUUAACUCGUAAGUGGGUUUUAUCAAGUGGCCAAAUUUGAAAUGCAGUCCGAUGGAAAUUGGACUUAAAAAUCCACUAUGCUUCCUCUGAUGUACAUUAAGAUGUGAAAAACCAAAACAAUGGCAGAAUAACUGUCUACCAACUUCUCAUGCAAUUGUGGAGGGGAGUGCGAGUGAUCACUUGUCUUUCCUGAUGAAGAUUAUCCAUUUAUACUUAUUUUCGCGCUAAAAUCCCAUUAGGUUCUAGCACGCUGUCCUAUGCACACAUGUCAACUAUCUGGACUCUGACCAGGGCCCCGUUCCACGAAGCGAUCUUAGCCCUAAGAUUACUGUAAGCGAAGAGCUACCCUAUGCACUUAAGUUGAUCUUAGGGCUAAGAUCGCUUCAUGGAAUGGGGCCCAGGACAGCAGGUUAGUGAGAGAGAAGUCUUUAUGGUCGAUGGUUUAACCACUACAUCACAAAGGCUGGUAAGUUGAUUACCCAGUAGCUUCUAGAAUCUUCAAUUGUUGGUUCAGUUGUACCAUUUUAGUUGUGAUCAAUGAAAAUGUGAAAAACAUAUCAAAAGCAGAUAUUAGAUGUUACACUAAAAGAAUCCACAUGCUAUACAAAGCCUAUACAUAUCCUAUUGACUGGUAGAUCUGUUUGGGAUACCAUUUUGAUUCCACUGUAAACAGAGUAAACUGGCUAAGGUACCGUAGCAUUCAUACAUUGAACUGAUGGCACAUUUUUUGUACAGUGUACUUUGAUUGGUCUGACAAAAGGUUACUGAGACAUGACCUGCCAUUGGGUUUUAUCGGACUUUAAUGUCACACUUCUUUUAUACUGCCUUUACUGGAGCUUGUUGCUCUAAAUGCAAAUAAAUGAAUUAACAGUAAUAGAGUGAGCAUAGUGGAUUUAGAUAUGGUAUAAUAUGCAGUUAUUAAGUUUCCAUCCACUAAUCAUGUGUUGUUGAAUUUAUAUGAUUAUAUGAAUUCUGUUAGAGUGUAAUAUGAAUGAUAGCACAUUAGUAAACACCUUUUAUACAAAACAGUAUAAUAAGCACACACAUUUGCAAAAUGUUUUAGCCAAAAUGCAAUAUUUGUAAUUUUAAUACAACAAAAUAAAUAAUGCAACAACAUAGGAUAAAAAUUUAAUGAGGUUUUCUUUGAUUACUUGUGUUCAUUUAAAGGUACAAAUAUUUAAUUGAACUUUAUAAAGUUACUAGUCAAUUCUCAAUAACAUUUCUACAAGGAUACAAAUCAUCCUAUUGUUUUGGUACUCCUUCCUAAAAGGGUACAUAAAGAUUUUAAUUUUUGAGAGGACUGUUUAUCAAAAUGUUUUGUUUUAAAUGUGUGCACUAGUCUUAACCCCUAGAAUAUGAUUUGUAUUCUCAUGAAAGUAUUACUAAUUGUCACGGGUCGGGAUCUGCUCAGUUGGUACAGCUCUCAAGUGAGGUGCUCAGUGGACCCAUUCUCUGAUGGGUUUUCCCCCCCUGCUUCAACCAAUGUCCCACGAUUGAUUUAUCAAGGGUAAUGGUAUGUGCUGUAAUGUGAGAUUAGUGCAUAUAAAAGAUCCCUUGUUGCUAGCAAAAAAAAAUGUAGUAUGUUUUGUGUGUUUCAGUUUUAUGAAAUGUUUGCCAUCCAACAGCCGAUGAUUAAUAAAUCAAUGUGCUCCAAUGAACAGUGUUAUGAAAUUAGUUUUAAGUGAACACCAUUUGAACUUGAUAUGACCACAUGGAAUUUUGUUUUCAUCAUUUGCAGUUAGUUAAACAGUUUUUGAUAUACCCAUAACCAGUCUGUAUAAUAUGUAGUACCAUAUAUAAUAUAUUCUUGUAUAUAAACAUAGUGUACUUUUAGCUACUUGCACAGUUCUUAUUGUCCAUAACCAAUCACAUGUAAUAUAAUAUGCAAUAUGCAGUAUAUAAUGUACUUUAAUUCCAAAGAUUUUUUAAAUAGUCAACUCUAUGUCUUGUAUAACAUUUAUUGGAUUUCUAUAUUUCAUAUUUGCUUAUUUGUAUUGUUAAAGAGGGUGGUGGGUGUAGCCCAGUGGUAAAGAGCUCACUUGAUACAAGGUCGGGUUUAAAAUCGAUAGCAGUCGGUGGGCACAUUGGGCUAUUUCUCCUAGCUAGUGCACCAUGACCAGUAUAUCAAAGACUGGUAUGUGCUGUCCUGUUUCUGGGAUGGUGCAUAUAAAAGAUCCUUUGCUACUAAUGAAAAAUGUAGCAGAUUUCGUAAGACUGUAUGUCAAAAUUACCAAAUGUUUGACAUCCAUUAGCCAAUGAUUAAUCAUUGUGCUCUAGUGGUGUCAUUAAACCAAACAAACUUAACUCUUUUUUUGUAUCAUUGACAUCAGCCUGUUUUGUGAGUAUGUUUCUUGUUGGACUUCUUGUCCCACUGUCAGUGUGCCCACCACAAUCCAACGUUUGGGACUAAACUUUUAUUGAAGUGAAAAUAAAAGAUACCCAUCUAACAUGGGUCAUGUUAAGGUAUGACGUUGUCUGUCCAUACAUAACUACUUUCUGUUUCCAGGGCAUAUCUUUCUUACCAAUUCAUAUAGAAUCAUCAAAGCAUGUAUGCAAAUACAAUUUGGGAAUAUGGUGUGUUAUGUAACAUAUAUAGGUCAAUACGACCUACUUUUCACACAUUAACUACUGCACAUUAAAGGAAAUCUGUGUCCAAGCCAUAUCUUCCUUAUCAAUUCAUAUAGAAUCAUCAGACUUUGGGAUGGCAGUGUGCUGCAUACCAUAACUAGGUCACCAUGACCUACUUUUAUUCAAACUCCUGAGGGCACAUCAUGUACCUCAUCAGUACUGUUCGUAGGGGUAGCCAAUGUGGUGGCCGCAGGAUGCCAGUCUUUCACUUAACCAUGUUGAAAUAACGUUAAGACUCAGGGCAUCAUUAAAACUUUCCUGUUUUUAAAUUAUUUAAAUUAAAUCACCAGCCAGUGCACCACGACUAAACAAGUGCAAGUAAGAGAACUUGUACUGUUUUGUGAGGGUUUUUUGUUGUUGUGUGUUUCUCCCCCCAGUGCGGGACUGGUAUAUCAAAGGCCAUGGUAUGUGCUAUCCUGUCUGUGGGAUGGUGCAUAUAAAAGAUGACUUGCUGCUAA